GGCUGCGGUACUGGCGGCGUCUACGGUGACGGCCUGGCCUGGGGCGGGCAGAGUUGGAGGCGGCGGCGUCCGUUCUCCCUAGGGGCUGUCCGGGGCUCAGAGGGGAGAAGGCCUGGGCGACCCGUCGGCGCUGGCACCCUUCGGCUUCUGGGACGGUGUGGUAGCGGCGUUCAGGUUCUAAAUGGCUUCUAAGAAGUUGGGUGCAGAUUUUCAUGGGACUUUCAGUUACCUUGAUGAUGUUCCAUUUAAGAUAGGAGACAAAUUCAAAACACCAGCUAAAGUUGGUCUACCUAUUGGCUUCUCCUUGCCUGAUUGUUUGCAGGUUGUCAGAGAAGUACAGGUCACCCCUCCUAAUUUCUCAAUGUCACAAGUGCCCAACACUGCCACCUGUCCCCAGGCCUAUUCUGAACUGCAGACGCUGUCUCCCAGCGAGCAGCAGUGUGUGGAGACGGUGGUCAAUAUGGGUUACUCAUAUGAGUGUGUCCUGAGAGCCAUGAAGAAGAAAGGAGAGAAUAUUGAGCAGAUUCUCGACUACCUGUUUGCACACGGACAGCUCUGUGAGAAGGGCUUCGACCCUCUUUUGGUGGCAGAGGCUCUGGAAGUGCACCAGUGCUCAGAAGAAAAGAUGAUGGAAUUUCUUCAGUUAAUGAGCAAAUUUAAAGAAAUGGGCUUUGAACUGAAAGACAUUAAAGAAGUUUUGCUAUUACACAACAAUGACCAGGAAAAUGCUCUGGAAGACCUCAUGGCCCGGGCAGGAGCCAGCUGAGAACAGGCCUGGCCUCGGCCUUGCCACGGAACCCCCACCCCUGAAAUCCCUGCAGAGCCCACCUGCAGGGAAGAAGGGACACACUUCUGGAUUUUCUCUUGGGGGUGGGAGGUCAGGUGUGGAGACCGUGCUCGCCAAAACCUCUAUGACCUACACCCUGUCUGGCAGGGAGAAUGGGCGGUUCAGGCAUGUGAAUGCCCCAGAACAUGCCUGACUCCUCGCCUGCAGUAAAUGUAUUUGUUUUGAGAAGUGUCCUUCCCACCUUGGCCCUUCCCUUUCUGGGGCCUGUGUGUCCUCAGCCCAGACCUGGCCCCGAAGGGAACAAGGCAGGGAGGGGCAGGAGGCAGACCAGCCAGGUCCAGUGCUGCUUGGGGCUAGGCACUCCCUCUUCAACCCACCACAGCCUCCCGGUAGAUUGAACACAUUCUAAGUUCAGGGUGACUGAAAGGUUCUUCCGGGGUCUGCUUUCGUUCUCUCCACGUUUAAACAAAGUCUCUUAGUGUUACACUGGUCUGCAAUGCCUCUGCGGUGCAAAGAGU